UCAGGGAGAAGCAGCUCCCCUGGAUUACUCCGAGACCCCGCGGCUACAAGGACAAAAAAACGAGAAGACGUGACUAAGUGGCAGUCAGACAGUGAGUGAGUGAGUGAGUGAGAGAGAGAGAGAGAGAGAAAGCACUCUUCCACUCGCCCGAAACUGGAGCACAAGAGCUGUUGCAUGUAAAAUAAACCCACCAGGCUGGAAGGAGAGAUAGAGGACAAGACUUGACGCGUCUCUGCCAGCCGUCUGCUCUCUGGCGCUUCCCGUUUCUACCAGCCGAGAUGGAGGGAGAGGUGAAGGAGAGGAGGAAGAUCCAGUUCUCCGUGCCCUCGGCCGUGCCCACCCAGCUGGACCCCAAACAAGUGGAGAUGAUUCGGCGACGGAGACCAACGCCGGCCACCCUCUUCCGACUGACUGACCAUCCGUCUCCAGAGGAAGAGAAUCCAAGUCAUCAGUUGGCUGUUUGUGAAAACGGACUUCUGAAGGCUAAACGAGUCAACACAGCCGUCUAUCAGCCCCCAUCACUCAAAGCUGUUCAGAAGAUGGUGGAGGCUCAUCUGCAGUCUUCAGAAACAGGCCGAGACAGUCCGUCCCCAGAGUCCUCAGACAACGAAGAGACUUCUGCAGACGCCGACAGAGAUCUGCCAGACGACACCAGAUCUGACCAAUCAGAGCAUCACUCAGCACCCGAGGUCACAGAUGAGGAUACAGGCUCCACCCUGCUGCAUGACGCUCCAGGGGAAGAUGAUGAGGCACCUGCUGAAUCAAGCGAUGGAAUGAACAAGAGUGCAGAAAAUGCAGAUAGCGGACAGAUUCAAAAGAGGCAAGCUGAAAUGCGAUCACCAAUGGCUGGCGCUGACAGCCCCCGUUCAGAAUCCUCAGAAAAUGAAGACAAAGCCCACAACUCUGUCAGAGAUAUGCCAGACGACACCAAAUCAGACCAGCUGGAGCAACAGUCAACGUCUGAGGUCACAGGUGAGGUUACAGGCUCCCACUGUGCCACGUGACCUUCCAGGGGAGGAUGAUGAGGAGAGGGCUGAAUCAAAGGAAGAGCCGGACAAGAGUGCAAAAGACAAAGAUAAAGGAGAGUGUAAGGAAAAAGGGGAAGUCUGAUACUAGUUGAUGAAGUACAAACAGAAUCAGAUGGCGACUCAUACCAUGUAAAAAUUAAACUUAAGUGAAUUUUUAAGAGAUGUAUUUUAAAAUGAGGAUAUGUAUCUUGGAGAGAGAGCGAGCAGGGUCACACUGAAGGUCAGCAUAUGAACAAGUGAAGAAAGAGAAGCUAUUAACACGGCCGCAGUCGUAACGACAGAAUGAAGCUUGAGGGUCUCGUGACUGCAGGGAACCUCAAGGAUGUUGUAAGACAUGCACAUCUUACCAAACUCCAUCUGAAAUUAGCAAUUCUGUCAAAGCCAAACCCUGUUAGCAUAUAGACCAUAAAGAAAGUAUUCACACCUUUCAACCUUUUAACACUUUAUUGCAUCAGUCUCCCAAGUGCCUUGAUCAUAAAUGAAGACAUG